AUGAGCAGCAGAGAAGAUAAAAUUAAACUCUUUCUCUAAUUCUUAAAAUACUCAAAUUACAAUAAAACAUUUGAAAACUUACAAAAAUAAUCACAAAUUUAAUUAGAUCCACCAAAUUUGUCUAGAAUUACCCAAUCCAUCAAAUCAUAUAAUUUUAAAGACUUAGAGUCAAUUUUGGACAUAUAUGUUGGCACUUAGACCAAAAAUUAAUGCAUGCUUCUACUCCUGGAACAACACUAUAUUCAGCUUAUCCUAAGUCAAAAUUAUUAGGAAGCUGUAUAAAUAUUGAGGAAUUAGAUAUCCAGAUUUUGUUAAGGUAUGGGAUAUAAGAAUUAUACUUAGAUGAAAAUUAAAAAUACUUAUAUGGCUCAAUGAUUUUUCAAUAGGAUCUUAAAUUAAAAGGAGAAUAAUAACUUAUUGAUGAAAUUAUAUCUCAUUGUUUCCAAGAAUUAGGUUUAUUUGAACCCAAUAGAUUAAUAACCUUAAUCCAAUAAGCAAAAUCGAAUGAGAUUUUGGAAUGCAAAUGGCAUAAUCAUCUAUAAUAGGAUUAUCCUAUCUUAUAAAAACAUAUCUGCGACUAGUAAUUUAAACACAAGAUUAGAAACAAAAAUGUUUCUAUAUGUACUUUUUCAGACAAUGGAGGAUAUUUGGCUUAGGUUAUUGGACAAACAAUUUUAAUUUACGAAAUCAAUAAUAAUGAUUCAAUAAAAGAAAUAGAUAAAUUAUAAGAGGUACACUCAAAAGUAAUUACUAAUUUAUUAUUCUCACCUUGUAAUAAAUACAUAGGCAGUUCAUCAGAGGAUUAUACUUUAUUUAUUUAUCAAUUGAUUAACAAAAGGAAGUAUAGACUUCAAGGCCACAAUGCUAUAGUGAAAUCUUUUAAUUUUGUUUUAUGUGAUCCAUAAAGAAAGAAGCAAAAUAAUGAAUAUGAUAUUUAUUCAAUUUCAACAGAUGGAUGGUUAUAUGAAUGGAAUGAAAAUGAAAGGAAAAGCGGUUUAAAAAUUGAAGAAAAUCUUAUUGAUAUACAUAGUAAUCAAUAAAAAGAGCAGAUGCUUAUUGUUAGUUAAAAUAAGAUUACCUUAUAUUAAUUAUAUUCUAAGAAUUUAAUAAUCUAAACAAGUACAAAAAAUUAAAUUAAUAUUAAUUCUUAGGUGAAUAAAUCGUUUGAAUAAUUAAUUGUAUAUGUUAAUGAUUAUUUACCAUAAUUAUACUUAUAUAGUAUUUAGACCCUACAAAUAAUAAAAAUAUUAAAUGCAAAUUCAGAUAGUUUUAUUAGGUCAAUUAAAUAUCAUUAUGGAGGGUAUAAUAAUUAUUUGGUUGCUGCAGGAACAGACUCUGGCAAAUUGUUUAUAUGGCAUAUACAAAAAUCAGAAUAACCUAUUGAAAUACUCUAAGUAUAUUAUUAUAUUGAAUUGAGGUUUCAGAAUAAAAUAAAGAAAUAACCUGUUUAAGGUUUCAUCCUAUAUCACAUGAAUUAUUGAUUUAUGUUCAGUAAUAGUCUAAAAAUAAUGAUGUUUUAAGGGAAAGAUAAUAAUUAAAAGAAAAUUUAAUUGAUUUAAUCUCAUUAUCAAGAAAUAGAACAUAGUUUUCGAGAGUUUCAUAAAUUUUUUAUUUUUUACAAGGAAUUGCUCGAUAGGAUACAACAAAUACUAGAGAGCUUUAAGAAGAAAGUAGUGAUGAAGACUUAUGA